AUGAGGAAAGAAAGAAACAAUUGCAAGGCCAUGCUUAAUCAUCUUAUGGUAAAGCUCAAGAACAUUAUUAUUCAUCUUCAAUUAAUUCCAAAAUCUUCCAGUAAGCAUCAAUUUGAUGUUGUGGAAUUUGUUGAAACACCAAGAGCAAAUAAUGAAAUGGUACCAAAUGAUGUUAAAGAAGGAUAUUUUGCUGUAUUUUCAGUAAAUCCAGAAGAAGAGCCAAAGAGGUUUAUUGUGGAACUUCAUUGUCUUAAUAAUCCAUCAUUCUUGAAAUUAUUAAAACAGACUGAAGAUGAAUAUGAAUUUGGACAAAAGGGUGUUCUUGAAGUUCCUUGUCAUGCCUCGGAAUUACAAAAAAUUCUCAAACUCAAGUUUAUAGUUUAG